AUGAAUAGGUUGCCCACUGAAGACGUGAGCGCGAAUGCAAAUGGACAUAAAAAGCAUUCAAUUGAAACUCUGGAUGAGAAAGAGAAAAAAGUUAAACUGGGGAAGAAAGUGACACUUCUUUCUGGGACUUCAGUCAUCGUUGGGACCAUCAUUGGAGCUGGGAUCUUCAUAUCUCCAAAAGGAAUCCUGAAAAACUCAGGCAGUGUUGGAAUGUCUCUCAUUGUGUGGAUUUCUUGUGGUGUGCUUUCACUCUUUGGAGCCUUGUCCUAUGCAGAACUGGGAACUUGUAUUAAGAAGUCGGGUGGACAUUACACAUACUUACUGGAAGCCUUUGGUCCACAUUUGGCUUUUAUUAAAUUGUGGACUGAUCUCAUUGCUAUCAGGCCUGCUGGGAUGGCAGUCAUCAGUCUGGCUUUUGGCCAGUACAUACUGGAGCCUAUGUUCAUGCCCUGUGAUGUUCCACCUACUGCUGUCAAACUGGUAACAGCUGUUGGACUGACUUCUGUAAUGUACACAAAUAGUAUGAGUGUGACAUGGACAGCACGGAUUCAAAUCGUCUUCACCAUCUGCAAGCUGGUGGCCAUCACCACAAUUAUAGUUCCAGGACUAUACCAGUUGUUCAAAGGGGAGACGCACAACUUUGAGAAUACCUUUGAACUAAACAAUGUGAAGCUGUCAACGCUACCUCUGGCUUUGUACUCCGGGAUGUAUGCAUACUCUGGCUGGUUCUACUUAAAUUUUGUUACAGAGGAAGUCGAUCACUCUGAGAGGACAGUGCCCUUGGCUAUAUGUAUCUCCAUGGCAAUUGUAUCAACAUGCUAUGUGCUGACUAAUGUGGCCUACUAUACAGUGAUGUCUGUUGAGGAGAUCCUUGCCUCCGAAGCAGUAGCUGUGACAUUUGCAAAGAAGGUGAUGGGGAAUUUUUCAUUUGCAGUGCCAGCAUUUGUGGCUUUGUCGUGCUACGGCUCCAUGAAUGGUUCCCUCUUGGUCAUUUCAAGAAUGUUCUUGGUGGCAUCACGUGAAGGACAACUACCCGACGUUUACUCCAUGAUUCAUGUUCGCAGAAACACUCCAAUACCUGCCGUCCUCAUACUGUAUCCGAUGACCAUGCUCCAGCUAUUUCUGGGAGACAUCUACAGCCUGUUAAACUUCAUGAGCUUUCUGCGGUGGUUAUCUAUUGGUGUGGUCGUACUUGGAUUAAUCUAUCUUCGAUACACCCAACCUGACCUCCCACGCCCCUUCAAGGUACCGAUUAUCAUCCCCAUGGUGUUUAGCCUUACUUGUUUCUUCAUGGUCUUCCUCUCGCUAUACUCUGACCCAGUCAACACAGGCAUUGGAUUUGCCAUUUCCCUGACAGGGAUCCCAGCUUACUACAUCUUUGUACACUUCAACUGGAGGCCUAAAUGGUUGCAAAAUGGUUUAGAUUCUAUCAACAGAAGCUUGCAGAUUCUCCUAGAAGUGGUUCCCGUUGAGCAAUAA